UUCACUCAAGCUCAACCAGUCGAGUUCACAUUCAAGGUCUAUUUCUCGUCAAUACCUAUUCUGACCCUUCAAUCGACGAUCGAACAGAGUCCGCCAUUCUUUAUCCAUCGGAUGAGCUCGUAUUCUGGCUCAAGGGGAUUACAAACUAAAUAAAAAGAGAGAGAAAAGAGAAAAUAAUGUGCCUCUAUUUGUAGUUUGAUCCACGACGGUGAAGGCUUUCUGUUAUAUUCUCGUCAAAUCCUGAAUGAGGCUGAUGGAACCCCUGGGUAUUGCCCCUGAAGUAGUAGAUGUGAGGACACUACCAAGAUGGUCGGACAUACCAAUACAACAUCGUUACACGGAUUACUCCAAUUCGUUGGUGGAGCCAACACACCACGCGGAAUCGCCGUUUCCUUGUCAAUCGGUGAUAAAUCGGAUAAUUGCAUUAUGGACUGGAGAUAUAUCGAUUUUACAAGUAGACGCGGUAGUCAAUCCAACCAAUGAGACAAUGGAUGAUAAUAGCCCAACGUGCCAAAGAAUUUUCACCAAAGCAGGUCCAGCGCUCAGUAUUGAAAUUGAUAAUGAAGUUAAUGAAUGCAGAACUGGCGAAGUAAAAGUGACCCAAGCUUACAAUCUCCCAGCCCGCUACAUUAUCCACACAGUUGGUCCGAUUUACAACGUAAAAUACCAAACGGCAGCUCAAAAUACCCUCCACUGUUGUUAUCGUAACGUUCUCCAGAAAUCACGUGAACUUGGAUUACGUACAGUUGCAUUACCUGUUAUUAAUUCAGUGAGACGUAAUUAUCCACCUGAUGCUGGGGCACAUAUUGCGCUGCGCACGGUGCGAAGAUUUUUGGAGCAAUUCAGUGAUACAAUAUCGUGCGUUGUCUUUGUACUGGAGCCAUGUGAUUUGGGAAUUUAUCAAGUGCUGCUGCCUCUGUAUUUUCCGAGGACUAUUGAGGAGCAGGAGAACGCUUGCUGGCAGUUGCCUAGUGAUAUUGGGGGGACUGAUGGGGAACCGAUGCUGCCAGAUCGACAAAUACGAAUUAUUGACAAUCCGCAACAUACACUUCAUGCUGAUGAGACUAUUGAAUUAUCUAGUCAAUUGGAUACAUCACUGAACCUCAGUGAACACGCAUUCACUCAAAUGCAGGGGGAUUUGGACAGACAGAGGUUACUGGGAGAACGACCACUAGCUGAUCCACUUGCCGACAUAAUGCUCAAGCAAAUGCAGCAGAAGGAGAGGUACGAGAGACUAUUACGAAGGGCGAAAACUGAAGACCUGACUGAAGUUUCCGGAAUUGGUUGUCUCUAUCAGAGUGGAGUUGACAGACAAGGAAGACCAGUCGUUGUCUUCGUAGGAAAGUGGUUUCCAGCUACGAAAAUCAAUCUUGAUAAGGCCUUACUCUACUUGAUUCAACUACUGGAUCCCAUCGUCAAGGGUGACUACGUAAUAGCCUACUUUCAUACUUUAACAACAAGCAACAACUAUCCCAGUUUUCAUUGGUUAAGAGAAGUGUAUAAUGUGCUUCCCUACAAAUAUAAGAAGCAUCUCAAACAUUUUUACAUCGUUCAUCCUACUUUCUGGACCAAGAUGAUGACAUGGUGGUUCACAACAUUCAUGGCGCCCGCUAUCAAACAAAAAGUUCAUAAUCUACCUGGCGUUGAGUAUUUGUACGAAGUCAUGUCACCAGAUCAACUAGAAAUUCCAGCUUACAUCACUGAAUAUGAUAUGACGAUAAACGGAAUGAGAUAUUACCAACCAGACCAGUCCCCCUCACCAUUAACGUAACCGCAAUGUGGUGACAGCUGCGCAAUAAAUUCCAAUUUCCCACUUCAAAGAAAGAAGAAUAAAAAAUUGUAAAUUUAAUAAUACCCGCGUCGCCUUUGAAUUUGCCUUCGCACGCAACAAAAGAUUAAGAAAUUACCGUGAAACACCAUAUUUUCAUCCCCUUGAUUUUUUUCCCCAGUUCAGUUCAGGUGAAAAGAGAUCAAUAUAAUCAUUGUGAAUUAAUUGCGAGAAAGAAUGAAGUCGAGUAUCCCAAUAUUUCCAAAGAUCAUUGAGUUUUUGCAUGAGAUAUGAUAUUCUAAAAAAAUACAUUGUUUACAACAGAGGAAACGAGACAAAACCAUUUUUCAGUCGAUCUAAUUAGUGGUAUUGCUUUCAAUUAAUGAAUUGAAUACAUGAAAAAAUUCAGUUACAGCAGAGAUGGAUUUAUAAUUUCAUUUUUUAAAGAAAACGGUUCAUUACCUAUUGCGAACCAUGGAUUAUGUUCCAUAAAUUCAGACCUGUGCCACGAGUAAAAAAUGAGUUUUCACCCAACAACCUAACGUUAUCGAUGACAAAUCCGUAGAUGAUAGACACAAGGGUGUGAAACACUAGAUAUUAUACAUUAUUGACUGCCAAAUAAUAUCGGUAAUUCAGUAUUUUUGCGACGUUGUGCGGGCUUUAUAUUAUGAAACAGCCGCAUGAGAAUUAAAAAAAUGGGGUAAUACCGAAAACAAGAGAUUUUCAUUAUUAUGGCUUUUACUCGUAUGACCUCAUUUUUUUUCUUGAAUUAAACACUGAGAGAUAUGAGCACGUCGUCAAUAUUUGAGAGUACCUAUAACGUGUAGAUGAACGAGAGGGAUUUGUCCCGGGGGUAUUGGAAAUAAAUAAAAAAGCGUCGAAAUAUUGUUGUUACAGAGAAAUACAAAUGGUAUCAAAACAAACAUGAGGAAACACGUUGAAAAGAGUCUACAUGCCAUUUACCUGUACAUUAUCGAUAUUUUAUUAACUGACUUUGCUAUAAUAGUGUUUGCGUGAUAUGGAAAUAGAAGGAUAUGAAAUCGGCGGAUAAAUAAUGUAAAAGUGUAAAAAUUCAGGGGACACACAUCGUGUCUAGAUUAUAUGAAAGUUCAGAUUAAUUUUAAGGAGCGGAAAUUAUAUGAGAGGUAUGAUAUUCCAUAUCAAAGUGGUCAACGUCUGGCCCUCUUAGAAAUCGCUGGCCAUUUUCUUUAUCAUUGGGAGCAUAGAAAAAUCAUUCCUCAUUUUUGUUAAAAUUUUUUGUUAAAUUUUCAACCGUUCAUUUCAGAAGUUCUUUAUUAUGAGCCCUCGCAUAGUUCGGAUUAAAAGAAACUUUAUUCAAAGAAUCAAAUAGCUGUCAGAAAAUUCAACAGUCAGAUGUGAGGGAAACCAAAUUGGAGUAAUAGAGUUUCAUAUAUGUCCGAAGUGAGCUUUCACAAGAACGUGAAAAAAUUAAGAUAUACUAUUACUUUGUUUUCUGGUUGUAGAAAAAAAUUUUCAUUAAUUACAAAGAGAGCGAAACGAAGCCGUUGACUGAGUUGGUAUUAACAUAUCUCAUAUCUGUCAUGAGUGACUACAGGAGUAAAUGUCGAAUGUCGAAUGCAUGUUUUUACAGAAAAAAAACCAUGCAUUAACAAGAUAAUUCAAUAUUGAAUGAGAUAUCAAAAACUGAAUUGUUACGUCAGUUCAUUUAAGUUUGUUUUCUUCAUUAUUUAUAAAUUAAUCUGAACAUUAUCGAGGAGAUUUAUUAUAAGGCAACUGAGUAGACUAGAUGAAGCAUCAGAAAUAUGUCAAAAGAGCUUCGCGCCACUUAAUCGUAGCGGACGCGCCGUUGUUGAUAAUUAAACAAAUAAAGUUGAAUAAUAAAAAAGAAAUAUUAAUUAAUAGAUAUAUAAAAUGGGUCUCGUGUUCAUGUUGACCAAUGGAGUCUGUUUGAUAAUUCAUUCUCCUGAUUUUGUUUGUCACAGUUUGUAUUUUAUUCAUUUUACCUUCCUUAUGUGAUUAUUUUAUUAUUAUUGGAGAGACAAUAUUUGUUGAACAUUUAUGAAGCAAGAGAAUUAUUUUUUAUUUUUUAUUUACUUUGGUUAUUUGACACUGGUUUUAGAAAAAAAUUUUUAGUUGUGUCUUUCUUCUGAAACAAUCCGUUAUCUAGAUAAGUAAACGUUUAAUAUUAUAAAAAAUGCUAUUCUCACAUUGUCUCUUCAUUCCACUGAUUUUGAUUAAUUAAUUUUAACUAAUGAAUUAUCAGUUAAGUAUAAUAUGGAGUGAAGCUGGAACACUCAGAGAGAAACCCCUUAGAUAGUAUGAAAUAGUAACAGGUCUACAAAUUUAUUAACUAAUCAUAGUUGUUUAUUUUAUAAUUUACUUUAACUCGAUCUAAUUCUAGCUUAAUAUAUCAGACAAUCUAUUUGUUGCAUAAGUGAUCUCGACUUCCCCAUGUUAUACAUUUAAAUCAAUCGACAAUUCAUCACUGCUAUGUUCCAAUUAAAAACAAAUCGCACCAUAUAUUCUAUAAAUUAUGAUUUGGUUGGCUUUCCUAAUAUGUAAAUUUUUUAGAAUUUUUCAACAAUUGUUUCUAUGAAAUUAUAAAUAAUCUCGAAAUCUCUUAAUGAGAGAUCCGAGUACAUGUUUCCAGUUAUCAUCGACUUUUUUCUUAAGUUGUAUGCGUGUGAGCGUGAAUUAGAGAGUGAGAUAGAAAAACAAUUUAAGUUUUCUUCUCCUCACUAUUCGAUAUUGUUGUUAUUUCGAAUUAUGAAUAAUAUAUAUUGUAUAGAAAAGUGAUGGUUAUUGAUUGAGAAGGAUACGACUCCAUUAAAAAACACAAUAUUUAUUCUAGAGGAAAAACAAAUAAAUCAAUUUAAAAAUA